AUGGAGGACGUAAUCGAUGACAUAAUCAACAUGGAAUCUAGUUUCAAGGAUGAAGGGAUAGGUUGCUCGGAAACUCCGCUUCUCCUGCAAAGCACUCUUUCAAGUAGCAUUUUGGAUAUAUACAACAGUGACCAAGGAAUGCCAGCUGCUAAUAUGGGUCUCACAAAUGCAUCCUGCCCAUCUACUUUGCCUGUUAAAAGGGAAAUCACAGAUACUCGAGCGAUGGCAAAGGAGAGGCAAAAAAAGGAUAACCAUAAUCUCAUUGAAAGAAGAAGACGGUACAACAUUAAUUACCGGAUCAAGGAGCUUGGUACACUUAUCCCAAAGUCUAAUGAUCCUGAUAUGCGCUGGAACAAAGGAACUAUUUUAAAAGCAUCGGUGGAGUAUAUCAAGUGGUUACAAAAAGAACAACAAAGAGGCAGAGAAUUAGAGCAUAGACAGAAGAAAUUAGAACAAGCCAAUCGGAGGCUUUUGCUUCGAAUUCAGGAACUAGAAAUACAAGCACGAGCUCAUGGCCUGCCAAUCAUGCCUACAAUCAGUACGGUGGACUUAGCAUCCCAUGUCAUGAAACAGCAGGUCUAUCAAGAAGAGAAUUCAGUCGACUAUUCUCAACAUCUUGCUGUGGCCCACGAGCAACACUCUGACCUUGGUGAUGCCUCUGCAGCCUUUUCGGAUCCACUCUCACACUUUACAGAUUUGUCUUUUAGUGCCGCUUUGAAAGAGCAGAGGUUGGAUGACAUAUUACUGGACGAUACAAUCUCACCAUUUGGGACAGAUCCACUGUUAUCCUCUGUAUCUCCUGCUGUGUCCAAAGGAAGCAGCAGAAGAAGUAGCUUCAGUUCAGAUGAUGGAGAUGAUGUAUAGCACGGAAAAGAACUGCAUAGUUAGGGUGCUGCUGUUUUGUUUUGUUUUGACUUCGUUGGUGCUAAGAAAAUUAUGAAACGUAUUUAUGUUGUUGCUCAGCUUAAGUGGAAAAAGAAAGGAGUCAGCUGUUGUUGAGAAACCCUCCCUGGGAAUAUAUAGUCUAGGUGUGUGCAUACAUCACAGAUGAGCAAUAGAGUGAAAAGCAGUGCUGUUUUUAUAGAAAAAGAGGUUCCGGAAGUCACCUCCCUUGUUCUCUUAGAAUGGCACCUGAGACAUGCCAGAACCCACCUGAGUGGUGUGAGAACUGAGUUCCUGUGAGUUCCCCCUGAAAAGAAGCUCUGGUGAAAAGCAUAUCUUUGGUUGGAAGUGAUCACUGUAAGACUGAUAUUUCACAGCUGACAUUUUGCAAUGGAUAAGAUCUAGACUUGGUCAUGCCACUGAAAUUUGUAGGACUCCCAUUAAGUUAAGACUAACUUCAGUUUUAUUGAUUUCAGUGGGUCUGCUCUCAGUGUGACCCAGUCUGGACCCAACCCACUGAUUCGUAUUUAUUUACUAAUAAUGCUGCAGAUAUGUUUCCUUGCAAUUAUACACCAAUAUUGUAUCCAGUGCUUUUUUUUUCUAGACAAAUAGGUGCCGGUAUUCACCAGGAAGUUGUUACAGUAAGUGCCACACAUUUUAACAACGACAAAAAGAGGUGCAGGUACUGCAUACUCUUCACUACCCCCUGAAAAAAAAGCACACAAAAAAAUGGUGGAUUGUUGUUGGGGCUGUGUUGGGCCCAAGGACAGCCAUACAUGACUCAAGAUUUGAAGAUGGGUAUACCAAUUUGGGAGCCUGAAGUAAGAGAUGGUGAAGCCACAACCUGAAGUACAGCAAGCAGACGGUACUGUUCUGUUGACCAAUCAAAGGCAAAAAGCUAGGCUGCUACUGUUUCUAACAAAAUCUGUCAUCCCAAAGGAGCAGAGAAUGGCCGCUUACCCAGUUCAAGGGUGGACGGUGGUUGCAUCCCGUCGCUAUGAUUAUGGCACAAACCAGAGCACUGCCACCUUCCUGUUAGCUCUAUUCCUGGCCGCCAUGGAGCAACACGGGUCCCCGCCAGACCUGGUUUGAACUUCAGACAAUCCAUGGUGGCCUGGGGGCGGCGGCAUUCAGGAGCCAACCUUGGAGCAGCGGUUUUCACUCCGGUCUGCUCCUGGACCAUAUAAACAGGCCAGCACUGUUUAUAGGAGCUGGGAAUACUUGGUCUACAGUAGCUAACCGAGCUAGGCCUGAAACUGAGAGGCACUUGGUUUAAGCACCAGAGUCUCUGUCACUGCUAAGGCAAAUACAUCCUAGGGCUGUGCUAAAUACCGAUAUCACCCACCUUUCCCAAAGUGAUUGAGACACAUUAGAUAAUGUGUUUAUCAGGGCUGAAUUGAGACACUUGCCAGUUUCACAGGCUGGGGAGAUGGACUUUUCAACUGUUUUGGGGAGAUGAGGAUGAAACUUACUGUGAUUUCUUGGCAGUCACCUAUUUUCUGGCCAUCAUUCUGUCCCCCUCACAAUGCCCCCCAAACUGACACAGUUAUCAUGCAGCAUGAAGUGGUUUGUUUGUUUUUUAAGUAGGCAUUUCUUAACCCCAAUUCCUCAUAAAACAAUUCUUUGGGGAAAGGUAACAUUGUUCCAGGAGCAUUGUGAGAGUAAAUUGGCUGCUAGCAUCCUGAGAGGACCCACUGCCAUGAAGCUGAAAGUAGUGGCAAGAAAAGAAAAGAAAAAUCACUUUCACCUCCUUUUUUUGCCCCUAAAUCUUCCCCAUCCCCACAAUUUGAGGAAAAGUUCCUUAUGGGCUCAGUCCUAAUGUUUGGUGAUUUUGAAAUGACAUAUUGAUAUUGGUUCUAAAACUCUGGAGAAUGGGAAUAUUAUCCAACUGGAGAGUUAGUUAAUACAAGUUAGAUAAUACAUAUUACAGACUAUCUAUCUAUCUGGGACCCAGGUGGCACUGUGGGUUAAACCACAGAGUCUAGGGCUUGCUGAUCAGAAGGUCGGUGGUUCGAAUUCCUGCAACGGGGUGAGCUCCCAAUGCUUGGUCCCAGCU